AUGCCGCCGCCGACAACCGCCGCCGGGCCUCACGUGGCCGUGCUGGCAUUUCCAUUCGGCACCCACGCCGGCCCGCUCCUGGCGGUGGUCGACCGCCUCGCCGCCCUCUCUCCGUCGACCCACUUCUCCUUCCUCAGCACCCCGCAGUCCAACGCCUCCGCCUUCAAAAACCGCCCCUCCGCCGCCGCCGCCGCGUCGCCGCCGGCCAACGUCCGGGCCCACGACGUGUGGGACGGGAUCCCGGAGGGCUACGAGCUGACCGGGAGGCACCAGGAAGCGAUCGAGCUGUUCAUGUCAGCGGCGCCGGCGGGGUUCCGGCAGGGGAUCGCGGCGGCGGAGGCGGAGUCCGGGCGGAAGGUGAGCUGCUUGGUGACGGACGCGUUCUAUUGGUUCGCGGCGGAGAUGGCGGAGGAGCUGCGGGCUCCGUGGGUCGGGUUUUGGACCGCGGGGCCCAACGCGCUGUCCGCGCAUCUGUACACGGAUCGCUUGAGGGAAGCGCUCGGAAACGUUCCAGAAGCAGAGGAGGCCCAGCUGGGCAGCAUAGUCCCAGGGAUGUCCAAAAUCCGGGUCAAAGACCUACCGGAAGGAGUAGUAACCGGAAACCUAACCUCCAUCUUCUCCACCAUGCUCCACAACAUGUCCACCCACCUCCCCAGAUCCGCAGCCGCCGUCUUCAUCAACUCAUUCCGCGGCCUCGAUCCCACCAUCGCCGCCGACCUAGCAUCCCGCUUCACCUCCUUCCUCAACAUCGGCCCUUUCCACCUCCUCUCCCCGCCGCCGCCACCACCCAAUUCCUCCAGCUGCCUCCCCUGGCUCGACGGGCCGAACCUGGCGCCCGCGUCGGUCGCGUACAUCAGCUUCGGCUCCGUGGUGACUCCGCCACCGCACGAGCUCCGUGCGGUGGCGGAGUCCCUGGAGGCGACCGGGGUGCCCUUCCUGUGGUCGCUCAGGGACCACGCGAGGGCGCAUUUGCCCGAAGGGUUCGUGGAGCGGAGCCAGGGGCAGGGGCAGGGGAUGGUGGUCCCCUGGGCUCCGCAGGUAGAGGUUCUGGGGCACGGCGCUGUGGGGGUGUUCGUGACGCACUGCGGGUGGAAUUCGGUGCUGGAGAGCAUCGCCGGUGGGGUUCCGAUGAUCUGCAGGCCGUUUUUCGGGGAUCAGAGGCUGAAUGGGAGGAUGCUGGAGGAUGUGUGGGAGAUUGGGGUUAAUUUGGAAGGUGGAGUGUUUUCCAAGGAAGGGUUGGCUGGUUGUUUGGAUAGGGUUUUGAAGCGGGAAGAAGGGAAGAGGAUGAGGGACAAUGUUGGAGUUCUCAAGGAGAAAGCUGAGGAAGCUACUAAGCCCAAGGGAAGCUCCUCUGAUGAUUUCUGCAGAUUGGUAGAGUUGGUAUCUACUACUACUAUGCCCUAA